CUAAACCCUGCCCUUACACACCAAUCUCCCUUUAAUUUCUACCUCCAUUUAGCCAUAAAUAAAUAAUCAAAAAUUCAAAAAAAAAACAUGGAGCCUUCCUCUUUCCCAAAUCCAAUCACCAUUCCCUUUCCCUACCCUUUCCCCUCCAUUCCCACUUCCCCAAUCUGCACCAACUCCCGCCCAUGGAUGGACUCCAGAAUCUGGAGCCGCCUCCCGCAGCGCCUCGUUGAUCGCAUCGUCGCCUCCCUCCCGCCACCGGCUUUUUUCAGAGCCCGCGCCGUCUGCAAGCGGUGGUACGGCCUCAUCUUCUCCACCGCCUUCAUCGAGCUUUAUCUCCAGGUCUCCCCAUCUAGGCACUGGUUCAUCUUUUUCAAGCAGCAAGGAAUCAAAAACUGCAUCUACAAAAACGCCGCCUCCGCCGCCGCCGCCGCCAGCGGCGGCGGCGGCGGCGGCGAGGCGUUUCUGUUUGAUCCGGAAAACCUAAAAUGUUACAGAUUGGGGAUUCCUAUGAUUCCAGCGGGGGUUACGCCGGCGUCGGCCUCCGGCGGACUGGUCUGCUUCGUGUCGGAGGAAUCCGGAUCGAAGAGCAUCGUCCUCUGCAAUCCGGUGAUGGGGAAUUUGAUCCAGCUGCCGUCGACGCUGCGGCCGCGGCUGUGCCCUAGCAUCGGAUUAACCAUCACGAACUCCUCAAUUGAUCUAAUUUUCGCCGGAGACGAUCUGAUCUCGCCCUACGCGGUUAAAAAUCUGACGUCGGAGAGCUUCCACAUCGACGGCGGCGGAUUCUACUCGAUCUGGGGGACGACGGCGGCGCUGCCGCGCCUCUGCAGCCUGGAAUCGGGGAGAAUGAUCCACGUGGCGGGGCGAUUCUACUGCAUGAACUACAGCCCCUUCAGCGUGCUAGCGUACGACGUCGUUUCGAACCAGUGGAGCAAGAUCCAGGCGCCGAUGCGGCGGUUUCUCCGGUCGCCGAGCCUGGUGGAGAGCCGGGGAAAGGCGGUGCUGGUGGCGGCGGUGGAGAAGAGCAAGCUGAACGUGCCAAAAAGCCUGAGGCUGUGGGCGCUGCAGGAGUGCGGGGCGGCGUGGGUGGAGAUCGAGCGGAUGCCGCAGCAGCUGUAUAAUCAGUUUGCGGAGGUGGAGUGGGGGCGGGGUUUCGACGCGGUGGCGCACGGGGACUACGUGGUGGUGGUGAUAAAGGGGUCGGAGAGGGCGCUGCUGUUUGAUUUUGGGGGGAAGAGGUGGUCGUGGAUUUGCCCGUGCCCGUACGGGGGCGGGGGAGGGGAGGAGGAGCUGCGGGGGUUCGCUUACGAGCCGAGGCUGGCCGUGCCGAUCACCGGGCUGCUGGAGCAGCUGACGCUGCCGUUUAACUCGUUUGCUAGUUAAACUAGGGUUUGAGUAUUAUGUAUGUGUGUUUGUGUUUGUGUUUGUGUUUCCAAGAAAUGGAU